CCAAUGGUCUCUCCCGGUCUCUCCAAUCCAAGAUGGCGGCGGACCCGGCCGUCGCUAACGGCGGGAACCGGCUCCGAUUUCACCUCCGGGUGCCUUUCCCCUCGGCCCCGGAAGCUCGGAUCGCCCUGGGAUCGCUCCAGCCGGAUCGGGAGCCGCGAAAGGGAGGGAUCGAGAGGCGGCUGAGCGUGCAGGGAAGGGAGCUCCGAGUGCAGUGGGAGGCAGACGAAGCUCGAAUCCUGAGGGUGUCCGUCUCCUCCUUCCUGGAUCACCUGGCGCUGGUGUUGAUGACCAUGGAGCGCUUCGGACCCCCGCGAGAUCCCGCCGACCGGGCAGAGCUGACGGGAAACGCUCCCUGACUGGGACCGGCGCCACGCCUGAGGGGGUAACACCACCUAAAACUCAGCCCGAGGGGAGGGGGUGCAGGAGGAGGGAUCACCCUGCAACAGUGUGGUGGACGCAAGACGGGGUAAUAAAACAUGACCUCAAUCCUC